GUGAAUAACUCACAGAAAAGAACACUUUGAAUCCCACGCGAUUCUCCUCCGCGCCUCUCCGCCAGCCUCCGCGGCGUCGUCACUCCUCCGGUCUCCCAGGGGGGCCUGUAGCACCGGCCCCGGCAUCAUCGCAUGCAGUCCUCAUCGUCUUCUUUUACCAAGGCAAUCACUUGGUGUUGAUUUGGUUGAGUUAGACAAGUCCAACCUUCCGGAGAAGACCGAUGAAGAGAUUUUUCAGCUACAAAAGUGAUCACUGUCACAAAACCCCACCUAACCCUAAACACCAAAAGGUUGAUAUUUCUAAAUCUCCUGAAUAUUUUGAAGCAAACUUCGAAGGUGAGCGAAGAAAACUUCGGUCUUGGUCCAAUAAAGUCAAUCGUGUACCUAACCAUAUUGACCAAAAGGAUGAUGAUACCUCUAAAUCUCCUGAAUCUUUUCAAGCCAACUUCGAAGGAAAGCAAAGGAAACUUCGGUCUUGUUCCAAUAAAGUCAAUAGCGUACCCAACGAUAUUGACCAAAACGCUGAUGCUACCAGUAAAUCUCCUGAAUCUUCUAAAGCCGACUUCGAAGGCAAGCAAAGGAAACUACGUUCUUUCCCCAAUAAAGUCAAUAGUGUACCAAACCAUAUUGACCAAAAGGCUGAAGAUACCUCUAAAUCUGCUGAACCUUUUAAAGCCAACUUUGAAGGCAAGCAAAGGAAACUUCGGUCUUGGUCCAAUAAAGUCAACACUGUUCCCACAGAUGAGCACUCCUCAUAUGAUUGUCGUAAGCAAGUUUUGGACGUUCUACAAAAUUUCAAAGACAUGUAUAACAAACUUUUGGAUGAAUCCAAAGCAGAUCCAAAUGGAGGCAUAUAUGCAAAAAGAGGUGUGCCCAUGAGAGUUGCAUCUCUCCUUCAGAGACAACAAAAAUGGAUACAAGACAAACCAACCUUUGGAAGUAUCCCCGGAGUUGAUAUUGGCGAUACUUUUCAAUUUAGGGCAGAACUUAUAAUUGUGGGACUCCAUUUACAAUAUCUAGCUUGCAUAGAUUAUAUAGAUUUGAAUGGAGAAUUCCAUGCGACAAGCAUUGUGGAUUCAGGUCAUUCCGAAUUUAGCAAGAUUAGAUCCCUUGACACACUUAUUUAUGUUUGUCGCGCUUCACAUUCUUCUAUGAAAAAGGUAGAAGACCAAAAGCUCGAGAAGGAUCAACAUGCCUUAAAGAACUCCAAGGAUGCAAAGCUUCCUAUAAGAGUCACAUGUCUUCGAAAAACUCUUGGCAUGGAUGGCCAAGGAUACACUUAUGUAGGGUUGUACAUUGUGAACAACUAUAAGCAAGAAAGAAACCAAAGGGGAAAAUUAGAGUUCAAGUUUGAACUGUGUAGACUUCCUGGGCAGCAAAACCUUGCUCUCCCGGUGGCUUGGGACUGGGAGGUAGUAGAGCCGACUCAAGGAGACCGUGACACUCACAAUGUAGUUGUGGUAGACGAUGUAUCACAAGGAAAGGAGAAAUUUCCCAUUCCGGUAAUGAACAGUAUUGAUGCUGAAAAACCUCCUCCUUUUACUUACAUAACUAAAAUGAUAAAACCUUCUUGGAUCAAAAGCUCCUUGCCCAAGGGCUGCAAUUGCAAAAAUGGAUGCUCAAAUUCGAAGCAAUGUUUUUGCACACGUAGAAAUGGUGGUGAGGUUCCAUACAACAAUGUAGGCGCAAUACUUAGAGCUAAGCCGAUUGUUUACGAAUGUGGUCCAUCUUGCAAAUGCCCUCCUUCAUGCAAGAAUAGGGUUAGCCAAAAUGGUCUACGAUAUCAUUUUGAGGUUUUCAAAACCAAGUCUAGAGGAUGGGGUGUUCGCUCACGUGAUCAUAUUUCUUCAGGGAGUUUUAUAUGUGAAUACAUUGGAGAACUUCUAGAUGAAAAGCAAGCUGAAAAAAGAAUCGACCGUGAUGAAUAUCUCUUUGAUAUAGGUAACUACGAUGUAGGGGAGGACAUUGAUAUAGACGAAAUUCAAAGAAAUGAUAGCGAGGGCUUCACGAUUGAUGCGGCACUGUUUGGGAAUGUGGGGAGAUUCUUCAACCAUAGUUGUUCUCCUAACCUUUAUGCACAAAAUAUUUUGUUUGAUCAUGAUGACAAGAGAGUCCCUCAUUUAGUGCUAUUUGCCCAAGAGGAUAUACCUCCUUUUGAAGAGCUAACUUACGACUAUAAUUACAAGAUAGAUCAAGUUCGUGAUUCCAAUGGAAACCUGAAGAAGAAAGACUGCUACUGUGGUGUUCACGAGUGCACUAGAAGAAUGUAUUAGAAGGAGAUUUCUUUCUCCAAGUUCAUGCAGUCAUUCUCAAUUGGAUGCUCAGGCUACAAAGUGGAACAUUGUUCUGUUUUUGGCCUCAUUUUCAUUCUUUCUUUCUUUGACCUAUUGUUUGGCUUAAAUUCCAGAUUUCAUCUCAAUAAUUUAUAUGGGCUUUG